AUGCCGGGUAAAUCAACGCCUCGUAUUCCAAAGAAUUACGAGAUCUCGCCAGGAGUGCUUCGCUUCUCGAGCGCGCGCCUCUCGUUGCCAAAGCGAGGAACGGUCGUCACCAAGAAAAUUGGUGGCAAGAAGAACGGAAAUGAGCGCAAGGUUGUCACCAACAAAGGACCAAAACUCUUCUCCAAAGUGAGACAAACCACCGCCAUUGAGGGAGGAGAUUUGACCCACACGAAGCUUCGCAAGACUAUCACCCCCGGAACAGUUUUGAUCAUUUUGGCUGGACGACAUAAGGGAAAGAGGGUCGUUUUCCUCAAACAAUUGGCCAAAACUGGAUUGCUUCUUGUCACAGGUCCAUUGAAGUUGAACAACACCCCACUCAGGAGGAUUGCCCAAUCUUUCGUUAUCGCCACCAAGACCAAGAUCGACAUUUCAAAAGUCAAAGUUCCCGCUCACAUCGAUGACGAAUAUUUCCGACGAGCCAAGUUGAAUAAGGCGAAAGGCAAAGAGGGAGAAGACAUUUUUGCUAAAGGAAAGGAAGAAUACAAGGUGACCGACCAACGAAAGCAAGAUCAAAAGGCCAUCGAUGCUCCCAUUCUUGCUGCCAUCAAGAGCAACCCAGAACACAAAUUCCUCUUCGGUUAUAUGGGAUCUCGAUUUGCGUUGGGCAAGGGACAAUAUCCCCACAAAAUGAUUUUC